CCAUAUACUCCGCUAUGCUCCUCUCACUCCCUCCAGUCGCGGUUACGGGGCGUGCGGUUGCCAGGAGAGACGCGCGUACAGUUCAGUGUACAGCUUUAACGGCAGAGCGGCACGGGCUCUCCCCCGCCAUUUCCUCGUGCCGAGCCCUGGAAUGUCGAGUAGCGGCUCGGGCUCUUCCUCGCGGAAGGAGUUCGAUGUGAAGCAGAUUCUCAGGAUCCGAUGGAGGUGGUUCGGUCACCCCGCGGUCCCUCCGCCUCACUCCCCGCCGUUAGGAGACUACUUCGCCGGGAGGAGAGCGGGCGGCAGCAGCUCCGGAGACGGACCAUCAGUUAGCGGCUGCAGCAACUCGAAUUCAGCCGGCGUAAACCCCGGCGCGGGGGGUCACAGCGGUCUUGUGGCCAGCGGCAGCGCUGGGUCUAACCUGUGCAACGGCAGCAACAGAAAGUUUGCUGAUCCGGCGGGGAGUAGGGGCGGUCCGGGAGGAGCGGCAGUUGGAGCGACGGGGAGCUCCUGUCCCCGCUCCCUCAGCCAGCCAGAGUGUAGGAGCUCCGCCGCGGCGCUGUCGUGGGUCUCCCCGCCGCCUCAUCGUCGCUCUCGCCCAGUGACGAGUAUGGAGACCCCCGGCGAAGCUUCGGUGCCCCAGCUGGUACCAGAGCCACCUGCUCGUGUCGGGGUAGAUGAGGAGGAGGAGGAGGCGGCGGCGGUGGCAGCGGCGGCGGCGGCGGGCACCGAGGAGAACAACAACCACCCGGAAACCGACUCCAGCUCCUGCAGGACGUCUAACAGCAGCGCCACACUGUCCUCAUGCAUGUCAAUGGAGCCGUGUGCAUGUCCAGAGGAGUGUUUGUUCACCGCUCUGUCCCACGCCGACGUGACCUUCCGCAAGAUGGAGGGCUACCUGAGGAGCCGACAGCUGUGUGAUGUCAUACUGGUGGCUGGAGACAGGCGGAUACCUGCGCACAGACUGGUCCUCUCAUCCGUAUCGGACUACUUUGCAGCCAUGUUCACCAGUGAUGUGCGGGAGGCCAAGCAGGACGAGGUGAAAAUGGAGGGAGUAGACCCUGAUGCGUUGUGGGUCCUGGUGCAGUACGCAUACACAGGCCGUCUUGAAUUGAGGGAGGACACCAUUGAGUCUCUGCUUUCAGCCUCUUGCCUGCUGCAGUUGUCAUCUGUGAUUCAGGCCUGCUGCUCCUUCCUCAUGAAGCAGCUCCAUCCCUCCAACUGCCUGGGCAUCCGCUCUUAUGCUGACGCUCAGGGCUGCCAUGACCUGCAGAGAGCUGCUCACGCCUACACCAUGGAUCACUUUUUAGAGGUGGUGGGAGGCCAGGAGUUCCUUCUACUCCCGGUGGAGGAGAUGGAGAGGCUGCUCACUUCUGAUGACAUCAAUGUGCCAGACGAAGAAACCGUGGUAACGUCUUUGCUAACGUGGGUCCGUCAUGACUCCGCCACUCGACAGCGCCACUUGCCUUUGCUGCUGGCUCACAUUCGACUGCCGCUACUGCAACCACAGUUCUUGGCAGACCUAGAGUCCAACACUCUGCUCCGGGAUAGUGUGGAGUGCCAGCGGCUGCUGAUGGAGGGGAUGAAGUAUCACCUCCUGCCCCAGCGUCGGCCCCUACUUCAGAGCCCUCGCACCCAUCCUCGCAAGGCCACCGUAGGGGCCAUGUUUGCUGUCGGUGGCAUGGAUGCUACAAAAGGUGCUACCAGUAUCGAGCAAUACUGUCUGCGUCAGGACACGUGGAGGCAAGUAGCUACCAUGAGUGGACGGAGACUACAGUUUGGCGUAGCUGUCCUUGACGGCCGUCUCUAUGUGGUGGGGGGCCGAGAUGGACUCAAGACCCUCAACACUGUGGAGUGUUACAAUCCGCACAGCAAAACCUGGAGUGUCAUGCCUCCCAUGUCUACUCACAGGCAUGGCCUAGGUGUAGCUGUCCUCGAGGGGCCCAUGUACGCAGUAGGAGGACAUGACGGCUGGAGCUACCUCAGCACAGUGGAAAGGUGGGACCCCCAAGCUCGACAGUGGAGCUUUGUUGCAAGUAUGGCUACACCCAGAAGCACUGUGGGAGUAGCUGUACUUAAUGGCAAGUUGUAUGCAGUAGGAGGUCGUGAUGGCUCAUCCUGUCUGCGUUCAGUGGAGUGUUUCGACCCCCACACGAACAGGUGGAAUGGCUGUGCUCCUAUGGCUAAAAGACGUGGCGGUGUGGGUGUGGCCACAUGGCACGGCUUCUUGUACGCCAUCGGAGGUCAUGAUGCUCCGGCCUCAUCCCUGGCAUCUCGGUUAAGUGACUGCGUGGAGAGGUAUGACCCUCAGACAGACGUGUGGACGGCAGUGGCCCCCAUGAGCAUCAGCAGAGAUGCCGUUGGUGUUUGUCUCCUUGGCGACCGUCUCUACGCCGUGGGCGGUUAUGACGGCCAAGUGUAUCUCAAUACUGUAGAAGCUUAUGACCCUCAGACAAAUGAGUGGACACAGGUAGCACCUCUGUGUCUGGGCAGGGCGGGAGCAUGCGUGGUGGCUGUCAGACUGUGAAAACAUAAACACAAACAACUGAUGUUUGGUGGACUGUACCUGAUCAGGCUCAGAGACCCUCCUUUUUGCCACCACUGACAUGAUCGCUUACAUCUGCCUACACCAGGAGAAAAAGAUGCUGAUUAACAAACACUCUUCAGGUUUUACACUUUGGCAAAGUCAAGUGUUACACUCACGUCAAGACUGCCAAUCAUUCAUGUUAAUGUUUGGGGUAAAGUUUCUGAUAAAGUUUCCAUAUUUGAACAUCCUGCUAACUUCUGCCACAGAAGUGAACUACCACCAACACCCACAAUGAAGAAGAAUCUGCAGUGUUUAUCUGAGCAUGACAGAACAGCUGUCUCACAGCUUUUUUUCUUGCCUAUUAUUUUGUUCCUGUAGACAAGGUGGGACACACACACACACACACACACACACACACACAAACACACGUACACGCACACAAACCUACAUGGUUUCUUUCAGCUUCUAUUUCUGCUGACAGAAAGGUGAGGGAGACAGAGAGAGAUUGUCAAGACAGUUGAGAUGCCUCAUCGUUUUACGCUCGGUUUUCCUAACAAUACCUGGUAGUGUGUAUUGAUGCUAUUUUAAUAUGUUCCCUAUUAUUUUUAUGCUGCAGUUGGCAAGUGCUCCUGUCCUCUUUCUUUCACUCUCUUGCUCGCUGACAGAUAAAAGAAAGACUUGACGUAAUCAGCACAACCUUAUGAACAGCUGUACUGUACGGAACUGUGAGCCCUUUUGUUCUCUCAAUUCAGAAACAUAUCAUUAUGCUUUAUGUAAUAUUUCUGCGUGAAUGUCUUCCAUGUUGCAUCAGCUUACAUCUGAAGCAUACAGUAUUCUCUGAUAUGCAAUUUAUUGUAGCUUUUUGCAAGCUACGCUGGCAAAUUAUCCAACUUUUUGCUUUUCGUUUUGUGUUUUUAACUGUGUAAUUCUUUUCCAUUUUAAGGUCCAUAAUUGAGUCCAUAGUAAUAAUAAUAACACUGUGGCCCUUUGUUGAUCCCUGUAGGGAAAUUUUGUUUUCAAUUUCCUGCAGAGCACAGGGUCAGCUAUUUACAGAUUUGGUUUUAUACAGGGUCAGUCAAGCUUUUCUGUCUGCCAGCUACAUACCUUUUCUCCACUGUAGAUGUUUCUUCUGUGUAUGUUUGUGUGUGUCUGUGUCUGUGUGUGUUAGUGUGUGUGUGUCUGUGUACACAUGUGUUCGGGUGUUCAGAGAUUGCAAGGAGUAUAUUUUUAUCUCAAAUGAGAAUCUUCUCCCUUCCCCUCUCCACAUCUUCAAUUCCCUGCUGCUUUCUCUUCAUCCCCAUUUUCCCAUUUCAUCACCACACAGACACACACACUCAAGCACACACAAAUACACGCACCACUGCAUUUUAGAGCACAAUUGGAUACCCGGACAAAAUGAACAACAUACGACGUAAUGAGAGCAUGAAUUUAAUAACGUUGAUUCAGCCGGUGCCAACACUUUGUUUGAUGUCGAGUUCAAAGCGUUAUUAGAUUUGACGCGGCUGCAGACAAACCAUGAGACAUGAGCGGAAAAUGAAUCCUGUGAAAUGACCUCAUGUGUUCAUGUUUGAGGGUUUGUUUAAGUAAACUCAUGACAAGAAGCGUCAAGAAUACAAAGGUCCUAACUGCAGGUUCAUGCUGUACACAACUGUGUGUGUGUCCCCUGUUUGGCUCAAUCUGCUCCUCUGUGUUUGUGAGUGUGUGUGUAGUGUACAGAAAGCUAACUCCUGACACUGAGAGGCAAAGCAGGCAUCCUGUCUGAACUGACAGAUCUAGAGCUAAUGUAGCCCCCAGGAUGCACUGCACACACGCACGCAUACACACACACGCAUACACAUACACAUACACAUUCACCAGCUGAAAGCCAAGUGCCCCAGGAGUCAGUGAAGAUUGAAAAGCCUCCCAAAUUUGCCGGCGUGACAUCUAAAAAGCAGAGACGGGCAGGCUAGCAAUUCCCUACAGCUGAGCUGAUGUUUAUUCAAGCCUAAUGCUCUGCUGCAUUAUUCUAUUUUCUUCCCCUUCAGACCUGCCCGCUGUUUAUUUAGAGAGUAAUUCUCUUAAGAUCACAGCAGCGGAAGUGUGUCACCUCCACUGUGUAGAUGUUGUCAGAGAGUUUGAUGUCAGUCAGAGGUUAAAAAUAAAGACAGACACUCCAAAUCAAGGUAUAUAUUUCAGUAUAUUAUGUAUAUAAGUAGAUGUAAAAUCUGUAUGUAGUCUUAUUGCAUUAUGCUGUACAUUAUACAGUAAGCCCAUUAAAUAUGCCAUGUGUUAUCAUGUGUUUCUUUUUGUACCAUGAAUUCAGAUGAAGAAGAUGUGAAAUAAAACAAGGGGUGGUGAGGUAUGGUACAGCUGCUCACCUCCUCUUUUUCUACCAGAAUAUCUCAUUUACUCUUUUACAAUAUAAAUUAUGUAUGUAUAAUAUAAGCUGCUGUAAUAUGCUGUUAUUGGUCUUUUAUACAUUAAAGUCAAGAUGUGAUUUAACA